GGGAGCACCAAUGGGAUAGCGGCUCUUUCCUAGUACACUUCCGGGAUGGCGGUGGCUGCCGAAAAAAAGGCAAAUUUGAUUCCUGGCCAUGUCAGCGAUGUAGAGGAGACACUUCCAGCCGCCGUUUAGAUAAACAGGACCCAUGACCCUGACACGAGGUUCCUUCACGUACUCCAACGGCGAGGAAUACCACGGAGAAUGGAGAGAAGGGCUGCGUCACGGCCGGGGUCAGCUGACCUUCAGCGACGGCACGUGCUACACGGGGCAGUUUGAGAACGGACUCUUCAACGGCUGCGGCGUGCUGGUCUUCGCCGACGGAUCCAGGUAUGAAGGGGAAUUUGUGCAGGGGAAGUUUCAAGGCGCCGGCGUCUUCACUCGCUUUGACGGGAUGAGGUUCGAGGGCGACUUCAAAAGCGGAUGUGUGGAAGGCUACGGGCUGCUAACGUUCAUGGACGGCGGCGGCGGCGGAGGAGGAGGCGGCCACGAGGGCGUGUUUGAGAGCGGCCAGCUGACGAGGAGGGAAGCCAGCCAGGGGGCGGUCCCGAGGGCGCAGGCGGCCGCCGCCAAGGCCCGCGCUCUGACCGCGUGACCCCCUCACCCGGACGACACCAGCAGCCUCCGUCUCGUCCGUUUCCACGACGACCGCCUUGUGAACGUAACGCUUUGACGGCCUUUUCGUUCUUCCUGUUGUUUUUGGGGGUGUGGAGGAGCGAGCCCGCAGAUCCUGGGUCAGCCGGGUCCAAACACGGUGGUGCUAAACCUCCACGCCAUUUCAGGACAUCCUGUUGACGCAACAAAAACAAGGUUGCCGUGGUUACAACUACGUCAGGAGUCACGGUCGACCAAGCUUCUUCGUGUGUACAAACGACGCGAUAUCGUCUGUCUUAAGUUCGGAAACAACUUUUAAAACGGUCUGUCGUCCUUUUGUCCAUUUUGGUCGCCUCACCUUGACGGGUAUCGAAACUAAAAAUAAACACUCUCCCCCCCAGGCUGGUACUUCAUGACACCAUUAAAAAAGUAGAGAAAAUCCCCUAAAUUUGCCACGAUUUUAACAGGUAUCGAAACUGAAAGUUGCCUCGACACUCCCAUUCUCCUCCGCUCUCCCUCCAGGCUGGAACUUUAUGAUGCCUUUAAAGUAGAGAAAAUAACAUACACUACAUUGCCAAAAGUAUUUGGCCACCCAUCCAACUGAGGGAAUUAUGGUGUGGGGUUGUUUUUUUCAGGAGUUGGGCUUGGCCCCUUAGUUCCAGUGAAAGGAACUUUGAAUGCUCCAGGAUACCAAAAAAAAAAAAAGUUGGACAAUUCCAUGCUCCCAACCUUUGUGGGAACAGUUUGGAGCGGGCCCCUUCCUUUUCCAGCAAAGCAAGGUCCAUAAAGACAUGGAUGACUGAGUCUGGUGUGGGUAAACUUGACUGGCCUGCACAGAGUCCUGACCUGAACCCGAUAGAACACCUUUGGGUUGAAUUAGAACGGAGGCUGAGAGCCCACCAUCACCACCAAUGCGCUUUUGGAAGAAUGGUGGAAUAUUCCUUUAAACACACACCUGCAACCUUGUAGACAGGAAUUUGUGAAACGGAAACCAGUACUAAAACAACACCUUUGUAAGUUAAUAAUAAUAACAAAGAGCUAAAGCUAAUGACGCUAACUUUCUACAUUAAGACGUCACGUACAUCAUCCCACAGACAUCACACACAAGACGGUUUAGUACGUAAGAAUUGUUGCAGUUAUAUUACAAAACUCACAAACGUCCGCUUGGAGUGACGAACGGAGACUCCGUAUGAGUAGAAACGCUAUGGACGGGUAGAGGACGGACCGCACUUUUACUUCCGGUGCAAAGCGAAGGAAUUCCCAUUCACGUACGACCUGCAGUGGGCGAACUCGUCCAAAAAAAAAAAAAUGAAGAAAAGGCUACGGAAGGCUAGAAUACAAAGCUGCACAUGUACUUCCGGUUGAAAGCUCAGUCCCAACAGAAGAUGGCGCCAAAGCACAAACAAUAACCUUUUUUAGUGACUUUUCUCGUUGUUGUUUUUUUCCAGACUUUUUUCAAAGACAAAUCCAUCAAUCAGCCGCGCCGUUUUAUAAACCGUAGGGCAGGGGUAGGGAACCUAUGGCUCGAGAGCCAGAUGUGGCUCUUUUGAUGACUGCAUCUGGCUCUCGGAUAAAUCUGAGAUGACAUUGCUUGACACGAAAAGUAAUGAAUAAUUCCACUUGUAAUCACAGUGUGGCCCCGCCACCCCAAAAGGGAAUAAGCGGUAGAAAUGGAUGGAUGGAUCACAGUGUUAAAAAUGUUUUCGAAAUAUAAAACAUUCUCAUGCAGUUUUAAUCCAUCCAUCCGUUUUCUACCGCACCUGUUCAAGAAAUGGCGUUAAUGGUAAGAAGUUAUUUAUUUAUUAAUGGUUAGUGUGGGUCUUCAGACCACCAAGCACCGGCAUUACAAUAUUGUUUUAUUUUUCAAUAAGUCUCUCAGUUGCUUUCCAGCAAUUGUCUUUUUCUCUUUCGUUCUGGCUCGCGCUCUGGCUCCAGCUCCGACCCCGUCUCUCCUCCUGGCUGCUGCUUAUAACAGAGCGACAGGUGAUUAUUUAACAAGGCCCAGGUGGGCCAUCUACGCACCCGUCGCUGAUUUUGAGGCCGAUCCUGGCAACACCCCGCUUUGCUGCAGGCCACGCCCCCUCCACAGUCAGCUUCAGAAUAACAAUGUUAUUACAAAGAAUAAGAGACCUAUUAUACUCUAGAAAUGUUAAUCUUACCAAAAAAAAUGCACGCGUUAAGUUGUGUUCAGUGUUGAAAAAUAUUAUAUGGCUCUUACGGAAAUACAUUUUAAAAUAUUUGGCUUCUUGGCUCUCUCAGCCAAAAAGGUUCCCGACCCCUGGCGUAGGAGAUAAAGUAGUACGACAUUUUUUUGGGGACGUUUAUCCGGUCGACUGUGACGCACUCCUGUCGUGGUAGGGUGAGGGUUACCACGGCAACCACACCCUUCCCUAGGGCCGACAUCAGCCUUUUACCUCGACACGACCAAAGCUUCCGAUAUCUCGUCGGUGCUGCGGAGGCGGCCCGGAAAACACUCAGUAAGGGUGUGGCGCCGCAGAGGAGGGGCGGGGCUUACUCGGUGCCCUUACCGCUUCUUCACCCUCGUCAUCCUCAGUGCCAAGCGACCUCGGCUGCUCCGGGAUCUGUAACUCCGCCCCCCUCCCCCACAUCCGCAUUUGGGACAUCUUAUGACGCGUGCAGUUAGCGUCGGGGGUUUUUCAAAAUAAGAGUUCCUCGAAUGCAACUCUUGUGAUUGGAUGAGGUGUUUUUCCGGGGGGGGUUUAACUGUAAACACACAUUUUGAUCUCCUUGUGCGAUCGUUGAAGUCACUUUGAGUGUUUUUGUGUUGUUGUGGUGCUAACGAGGCGUGUGACGAGCUGUAACAACACAAUAUUUGUGUAUGGCACACUGCCAGCUGUGUGUGUGAGUGUGUGUGUGUAUUCAAUAGCAAACAGUCAAUUGUCAGUUAUGUGAUUAUCUGAAGCUGCCAUUAAUUAGGACAGAGGGGUGGGGGGGGGGGCCUUUUUAAUUAGCUGUUAGCCGUUUUUUCCCCGUGCACUUAAACAACGUGUCAGUCCAUUCGUGUGUAUUGUUGUGUGUAUGUGUGUGUGUGUGUGUGUGUUACACAACGGAGGCUCGCCAAACCCUUUAAAAAAAAAAAAAGCACCUUAAAGCCACGUGAAACGUUGUCAUGUGGAGUCAGCGUCACAAAUCACGACGAGCAAGCCUCCCUUUCACGUCGUUAACGUGGCAAAAUUGUCUUAACAAUUGGUUGUCGUGGCGCUAAUUGCGAGCUCGGAGGACCGGUCGCUCAUUUCUAUCGGUUUUCUCUUGCCGGGGAACAAAAGGAGAAAAUCGAUAGCGGGCUAACGUCAAGAUUGACUACUAUUAAUUCAUGGGAUACGUGCUAAUGUGGCUGCUAGCAUACAAUCAUUUUGGGUUUGAAAAGGAGUGCUAGCACACGUCUCACACUCAUGCGUGGCUAGUCGUUUUUGCUGAAAAGAGCAGUCGGCAACACUCCGCUAAACAAGGGAGUUGUCGACACAGACGUUGAAAGGACCAUUUGAAAAUACGCAGAAGAGUGUUGGCUGAACGCUCGACUGUUGGCGUGCUAGCACCCGUCUCACACUCACGCCUGGCUAUGCUAAGCUAGUCGUUUUUGCUAAAAAAAAAAAUGUUUUAAGUAGUUAGUAACACCCGCUAAACAAGGGUGUUUUCGACACAAACAUAGAACCAUUUGAAAUCACCCAGAAGAGUGUUGGCCAAACGCUCGACUGUUGGCAUGCUAGCACCCGUCUCACACUCACGCCUGGCUAUGCUAAGGUAGUCACCUUGCUAAAAAGAGCAGUUGGCAACACCCCGCUAAACAAGGGAGUUGUUGACACAGACAUUGAAAGGACCAUUUGAAAAUACGCAGAAGAGUGUCGGCUAAACGCUCGACUGUUGGCAUGCUAGCACCCGUCUCGCACUCACGCCUGGCUAUGCUAAGCUAGUCGUUUUUGCUAAAAAAAUAAAUUUAAAAGCAGUUAGCAACACCCGCUAAACAAGGGUGUUUUCCACACAAACAUAGAAAGAACCAUUUGAAAUCACGCAGAAGAGUGUUGGCCAAACGCUCGACUGUUGGCAUGCUAGCACCCGUCUCACACUCACGCCUGGCUAUGCUAAGGUAGUCACCUUGCUAAAAAGAGCAGUUGGCAACACCCCGCUAAACAAGGGAGUUGUCGACACAGACAUUGAAAGGACCAUUUUAAAAUACGCAGAAGAAUGUCGGCUAAACGCUUGACUGUUGGCGUGCUAGCACCCGUCUUACACUCACGCCUGGCUAUGCCAAGCUAGUCGUUUUUGGUGAAAAAAAAUUUAAAAAGAAGUUAGCAACACACGCUAAACAAGGGUGUUUUCGACACAGAAAUAGAAAGAACCAUUUGAAAUCACGAAGAAGAGUGUUGGCCAAACGCUCGACUGUUGGCGUGCUAGCACCCGUCUCACACUCACGCCUGGCUAUGCUAAGGUAGUCACCUUGCUAAAAAGAGCAGUUGGCAACACCCCGCUAAACAAGGGAGUUGUCGACACAGGCAUUGAAAGGACCAUUUGAAAAUACGCAGAAGAGUGUCGGCUAAACGCUCGACUGUUUGCAUGCUAGCACCCGUCUCACACUCACGCCUGGCUAUGCUAAGCUAGUCGUUUUUGCUAAAAAAAAAAAUUUAAAAGCAGUUAGCAACACCCGCUAAACAAGGGUGUUUUCGACACACACAUAGAAAGAACCAUUUGAAAUUACGCAGAAGAGUGUUGGCCAAACGCUCGACUGUUGGCGUGCUAGCACCCGUCUCACACUCACGCCUGGCUAUGCUAAGGUAGUCACCUUGCUAAAAAGAGCAGUCGGCAACACCCCGCUAAACAAGGGAGUUGUCGACACAGACAUUGAAAGGACCAUUUGAAAAUAUGCAAAAGAGCGUCGGCAAAACGCCCGACUGUUCCUCCUGGCUCGGCAAAGUUUGUGUGUACGUACUUUGAGGUGAAAUACAGAGUCGAUGUCUCUCAGUGUACUUCCCCUGCAGGCACAGGACAUUGAAACAACGUUGAGAACUUGUCGGAUUAGGUCCUGAUGUCGAGCAACUCGAACAUAACGUUAGAAAAACAUGCUUUUUGACAACUUUUAUUCAAUGUCAGGAUUUGACCGUUGGAUUUUGGUGAUUUCCCAACCGACUACGUGGAUCCAACGUUGUACAUCAACAUUGUCUCAAUUUACAGACACAACUAUUUUGCAACAAUGUUUCAAAGUCCGUUUUAAAGGCCUACUGAAAUGAGAUUUUCUUAUUUAAACGGGGAUAGCAGGUCCAUUUUAUGUCUCAUACUUGACUUUUUCGCAUUAUUGCCAUAUUUUUGCUAAAAGGAUUUAGUAGACAACAUCGACGAUAAAGUUUGCAACUUUUGGUCGCUAAUAAAAAAGCUUUGCCUGUACCAAAAGUAGCAGACGAUGUGCGUGUGACGUCACAGGUUGUGGAGCUCCUCACAUCCGAACAUUGUUUACAAUCAUGGCCACCAGCAGCGAGAGCGAUUCGGACCGAGAAAGCGACAAUUCCCGCAUUAAUUUGAGCGAGGAUGAAAUAUUUGUGGAUGAGGAAAGUGAGAGUGAAGGACUAAAAAUAAAUAAAUAAAUACAACAAAAAAAGACGGGGGCAAUGGGAGCGAUUCAGAUGUUAUUAGACACAUUUACUAGGAUAAUUCUGGAAAAUCCCUUAUCUGCUUAUUGUGUUACUAGUGUUUUAGUGAGGUUAUAUGGUCGUACCUGUACAACCUGAAAGUCGGAGGGGUGUGGUGACCGCCAGUGUCUCCGAGGGAAUCCACGUUUCUCGACGAGGCGACUGCCGCCGGGCUGAGAUUUUUUUUUUCUUCCCCCUCCUACACGGUGUAAGCAUCCGACGGUCGGGGGCGGCCGGUGGGAGGAGGCAAGAGAGUCCGCAAGUACAGGAGGAACGACGAAAGUGGUAAGAGCCGAUUUAUUACCACCCUUUUCUCACUUCGCUUGACCGCUCUGUUCCAUAGUAAAGCUUCACCGUCAUCUUUCGGGAAUGUAAACAAGGAAACACCGGCUGUGUUUGUGUUGCUAAAGGCGGCCGCAAUACACCGCUUCCCACCUACGUCUUUCUUCUUUGACGUCUCCAUUAUUAAUUGAACAAAUUGCAAAAGAUUCAGCAACACAGACGUCCAGAAUCCUGUGUAAUUAUGCGAUUAAAGCAGACGACUUAUAGCUGGGAUCGGUGCUUGACCAAAUGUCCGCUACAAUCCGUGACAUCACGCGCACGCAUCAUCAUACCGCGACGUUUUCAGCAGGAUAAUUUGCGCGAAAUUUAAAAUUGCAAUUUAGUAAACUAAAGAGGUCGUAUUGGCAUGUGUUGCAAUGUUAAUAUUUCAUCAUUGAUAUAUAAACUAUCAGACUGCGUGGUCGGUAGUAGUGGCUUUCAGUAGGCCUUUAAAGGACACGUACGUAUAAUCAACGUUGUAUCAAUGUCUUCUGCCUGCUGGGUUUUUUCAUGCACCAAUGUUGGGGAACACUUGCCAUUAUUACCAGAAGGAUGGUAAGCGUCGACCGAGUGCCUAAACAUGAAAAAAACAAAAAUAAUAAAUGUUGUGCUUUGAAUCGUUGAA